AGAAAUGACCAUUACUAUCAUUGUUAAUGUUGGGAGGUCCAGGAGAACCCUGCCCAGCCUAUCGUGAGUGGCCGUGACCUUUGAAUUCUCAGGGGUGACAGGUCCAACCCCUAUCCCCAUAUAUACCCUUUGUUACCUGAGGUAGCUCUCUCAGCAGCUGGAAAGAGCUGUUUUUAAGAACCUCGAGUCAGAGGAACUAAACCAGAUCUGGAACUCUGACCUUUCCCCUCACCGCCCUCCACUCACUGGCCAGCCAAGUCUUGUCAAGUGAUCAGGCUGUCAACUAGUUUCUCUAGGGUAAGGUUUCAGGUCAGCUGGAGUGUAUAAAGAUAGGUGCCAAGACAGAGGCAGCAGAGACAACAGUGAAUGGCAAGGGGGCAACGAGGUCCCUGCUGCCGCCUCCUGGGAUGGAGCGCUAAGGAGUCUUAAGGAGGCCCUGUGCUUCCCCUCCCCUGGCUGGACUCACAGGAUGAAGAUCCACCCAGUCAGUGGAGGGAGGAGGAGGAAGGCGAGGAUUGCAAGAAUGAACGGAUUCUUAAAAGCCAAAUCCACACAGCUAAGCAUAGCAAUGCCCAGCCUCCUCCCUGCACUAAAGCUCAGGGCUACAAAGGGGCCUGUCUCCUUGGACCUCUACUGGGCCCUGGAGGGACCAGACAGAACCUUCUGGGACCAUGGUUGGACUAAAGCCUUCAGACGUACCUCCCACAACAGCUGUGAAGUUCCUGGGGGCAGGCACAGCGGCCUGUUUUGCUGAUCUCCUCACCUUUCCACUGGACACAGCCAAGGUUCGCCUGCAGAUCCAAGGGGAGAACCAGGCGACGCAGGCAGCCCGGAGAACCCAGUACCGUGGCGUGCUGGGCACCAUCCUGACCAUGGUGCGCACCGAGGGCCCCCGCAGCCCCUACAAUGGGCUGGUCGCUGGCCUGCAGCGCCAGAUGAGCUUUGCCUCCAUCCGCAUCGGCCUCUAUGACUCUGUCAAGCAGUUCUACACCCCCAAAGGAUCGGACCACUCCAGCAUCACUACCCGGAUUUUGGCAGGCUGCACCACAGGAGCCAUGGCGGUAUCAUGUGCCCAGCCCACGGACGUGGUGAAGGUCCGAUUUCAGGCCAGCAUACACCUUGGGGCUGGGAGCAGCAGGAAGUACAGCGGGACAAUGGAUGCCUACAGGACCAUCGCCAGGGAGGAAGGGGUCAGGGGCCUAUGGAAAGGAACUUUGCCCAACAUCACAAGGAACGCCAUCGUCAACUGUGCUGAGAUGGUGACCUAUGACAUCAUCAAGGAGAAGCUGCUAGACUAUCACCUGCUCACUGACAACUUGCCCUGCCACUUCAUCUCUGCCUUUGGAGCCGGCUUCUGUGCCACAGUGGUGGCCUCCCCAGUGGACGUGGUGAAGACCCGGUACAUGAACUCACCCCUAGGCCAAUACCGCAGCCCCUUGGACUGUAUGCUGAAGAUGGUGGCCCAUGAGGGCCCCACAGCUUUCUAUAAGGGGUUUACACCAUCUUUUUUGCGUUUGGGAGCCUGGAAUGUGGCGAUGUUCGUGACCUACGAGCAGUUGAAACGGGCCUUGAUGAACGUCCAGAUGCUACGGGAAUCUCCAUUCUGAAUAAGGCAGGGCCGCUUGGUACUUAAACUGGAACAAAACCAGUUAAGACUUUACUAGAGCAGUGGGUCCAUACACACACAAACCCACACAUGUUUACAGAACUGUUUACUUGCUGCUAAGUCAAGAAAUAGAAGCGGAGGAAGGAUUCUGGUCUUCGGUGCUUUGUCUUAAGAACACAGUUGUUUUGCACGGACAAGAUGGCAAAUAAAUUAUAUUAAUUUGGGGGACCCAUUAAGUUGGAUGCCUAAUAUUUAGGCAAGAAAAAAUAAGCCAAAACAUCCAUGUGGAUAAAACAGAAGUUUGCAAACUAUGUCCUUUAAAAAAUAAAUCUGAUUAGAUGAUGAACGGUAGACAAGAAGGACUGCAAGCAUGGGACGGGAGUGACACACGGUACUUGGAAAUCAGCUAAGGAAUUUGGAGGGACACUGCCAAAGCAACGUAGCUGUGACUGCAGCCUUUGGUUAACUGUGGAUCAUCAGCCAUAUGUGUAAUGUGUCUGCCCUUCAGAAGCCAUUGAGAUUCUAGAAAAUAUGAGACGAGAGAG